CGCGCCAGUUUCCCACUCAUCUCCUUCACAAACUUUGCUUGUCCUCGUGCGCACAAAACAUGUCGCUUACCCUCGGUGUUUAUGACCCCUUCUCUGAACUUGAGCGUUUCUUUGACGACGCAUUCCUCACUCGUUUCUCGGGUGGUAACGCGAACGCAAACCGCGAAGUAGCCGCUCGUCAGCCUUUCCGUCCCAAGAUGGACAUACGCGAGGGAGAGAAUGAUACCGUCACAGCUACCUUUGAGCUUCCCGGGCUCAAGAAGGAAGACGUGAACAUCCAGCUGCACAACAACCGCCUCACCGUCUCCGGCGAGACGAACGUCUCCUCGGACCGCGAGCAGGACGGAUAUUCCGUGCGGGAGCGGUCGUUCGGUAAGUUCGAGCGUUCGCUCAGGCUCGGUCAGGGAAUCAAGGAGGAAGAUAUCAAGGCGAACAUGCAGGAUGGUGUACUCACCGUCACGUUCCCGAAGACUCCGGCUGAACAGGCGCCGAAGCGCAUCUCCGUCCUCUAAACGCCGGGUGCGAAUUACAUCUGCCUAUCGAUAUCUCAGACACGCAGAUGGAUGAAGCGAAGAAGUCGGGUACUGAAUGGAUAGUUGCAUAUCGGCGCUUUCAUUGUCUUCAUCGGUCGUUGUAACGUUAGCAAAAUGUGUACUCUCUCGGACUGUUGUCGCUUUGCAUGUUGAAUGACGAAUGUAUUACGAAACUCCUGUUCUUAUGCAUGUUCUAACAUCUGAUACAAUUAUCGCAAUUCCAGCACCCUCUGC